AUGUCGAGGAUAUACCAUCUCGACACAGUCGUGCCCUUGGCGCUGUCCGGGGCGACCGUGCUCGCCCUCCUCGGAACCGCGCUCCUGCUCGUGCUGGCGCUCUGGACCUACUCGUCGUGGAGUAGGCUUCGACAUAUACCUGGCCCGCCCAGUGCCGGCCUGAGCAAGUGGUGGAUGUUUCGCAGCUCCAUCAGCGGCAACAUGCACCUCGCGCUGAAGGACGUGGUCGACAAGUAUGGCAAGUACCAACCGAAGCCCGGUCGAUUCCGCAGUAUCCAGGGCAGCAGUGCCGGCAGGCUCCCCGUCCCGGGCGCCUGGGAUCCCAUGCAAAGCCGGCGCGACGCAGGACCCCUCGCACGUAUCGGACCCAACACGUUGGUGACCAAUGACCCGGAUGUCCUGCGAAAGCUGUGGGCCGUGCGCUCGCCGUACAAGAAGGGGCCAUUCUAUCAAGCCGUUCGCUUUAACCCCGAUCGGGACAACUUGAUAUCGAUGCGGGACGACGAUGAGCACCGCGUCCUCCGUUCAAAGAUGGCAGCCGGUUAUGCCGGCAAGGACGUCGAUAGCCUCGAGGCCGUCAUUGACAAGGGCAUCAGUGCCUUUAUCCGCCUUGUAGAGCGUCGGUACGUCUCGGAACCAGGCAGCUUUCGGCCGAUGGACCUAGCGCGCAAGGUGCAAUAUGCGGCCCUCGACAUCAUCGGCCUUCUCUCUCUCGGCGAGCGUUUCGGCUUUACCGACGAGGACACCGACGUUCACCAGUACAUCAAGAUCCUCGAGGAGAGCAUGCCCGUCAUGAUCACCUUGACCGUCUUCCCAACCCUGGCCAAGGUGCUACAGUCCAGGCUCUGCCGACGACUGAUGCCGUCAGAGCGCGACAAGAUCGGGCUUGGUGUUUUCAUCGGAGUGGCCAAGCAGAUUGUGACCGACAGACUUGCUUCCGGCAACCCUUGCCGCGGCGACAUGCUCGGCUCGUUCCUUGCGCAUGGCCUCACGCGCGAGGAGGCAGAGGGCGAGAUGCUCCUACAGAUCGUGGCCGGGUCCGACACGACGGCCACGGCGGUGCGAACGACGAUGCUAUACAUGCUCAGCUCGCCCAACGUGUACGGACGGCUCACAGCCGAGCUGCCGCAGCAACCACCCUGCUCAUCGCCACCGGCAACCAACGCCGAGUGCUUGGCGUUGCCGUACCUGCAGGCGGUCAUCAAGGAGGGCAUGCGCAUGCACCCGCCCGUGGCGGGGCUCAUGGGGGUCAUGGUGCCGCCGGGCGGCGACGUGCUGUGCGGGCUCGGCGUGCCCGGGGGCACCGAGGUUGGCUGGUCGGUCUUUGCGCUGCAGCGGCGCGAGGACGUCUACGGGGACGAUGCGGGCUGCUUCCGGCCCGAGCGCUGGCUCGAGGCCGACGGGGGCCGGCUGAGGGCCAUGGAGGCCACGUGGGACCUCAUCUUCAAGUACGGCAAGUGGCAGUGCCUCGGCAAGCCCGUCGCCCUGAUCGAGAUCAACAAGUUAUUCGUCGAGUUGCUUCGCAGGUACGACUUUGCCCUUGUCGACGCUGCGCAGCCCAUGAAGUCGGCCAACGCCGGCAUCUUUCUCCAGUCUGGCCUGAUAGUCAAGAUCACCCGCGCGCAGUGA